AUCGGUUAAUAUGGGAUGUACAGAGCGUACCUAGAAAGCUUACGAUUACAGAUAGUGUGGGAUAGUUCUGAGCAGGAUAACAUUAUUAGGGCACCUGAUCAGAUUGAGGAAAAACACAACUACUCUUUUUCCAAUUGUGAGACAUUUAAAAGUCCUUUUGAAACGAGCAUCAUGAAUGGUCAUAAGAAACCAGCAAUAAUGGCAGAAUUAAGACUACAGAAGCCUGCUCCAGAGUUCAGAGGGACGGCCGUGGUUCAUGGAGAAAUAAAGGAUAUAUCACUUGCAGAUUACAGGGAAUAUGUUGUGUUUUUCUUUUAUCCAAUGGAUUUCACAUUUGUGUGUCCGACAGAGAUUAUAGCAUUCAGUGACCGAGUAGAAGAAUUCCGAGCCAUUGAUUGUGAAGUUAUAGCAUGUUCUUGUGACAGCCAGUUCUCCCAUUUAGCAUGGAUUAACACACCACGGAAGCAGGGUGGACUUGGAAACAUGAAGAUCCCGCUUUUAGCUGAUAAAACAUUAGAAAUCUCUAGGGCUUAUGGAGCACUGAAGGAAGAUGAGGGAAUUUCAUUCAGAGCCUUGUUCAUUAUUGACGGUAAAGGAAACCUUCGUCAGAUCACCAUGAAUGACUUACCAGUUGGACGUUCAGUCGAUGAAACUCUCCGACUUGUACAGGCUUUCAAAUUCACGGAUGAACACGGAGAAGUGUGUCCAGCUGGAUGGAAGCCAGGGAAGGAUACCAUCAAACCGGACGUGAAAGGAAAGAUGAGCUACUUUCAGAAGCAAAAUUAACAAUUGAAGCCAUCUCCUAAAACUGUUAAUGUUGUUGAACUAUAAUGGAAGUUUGGUGUCUGUAUAACGUGAUUUAGAACAAAAAGAACCCUGUACUGGUGUGGUAUAGGGAGCAAAUACUCCUCUGUGUACUUCAAUAGACCAGGUACUCACACAGAGUACUCACUCAGAAUCUGCCUCUUGUAUUUGCAUAAUUGUCCAGAGACCUCAAUAAUUAUGUGACCAAUUAACAUGUCUAUUUAGUUCUUUAUGAUAGAUGUUUGUUUUAUACUUCGUUUAUUGUGUUGUUUAGGGUACUCUUAAGUCAUCAGCUUUUUAUUUGUAUUGAGAUCUUACAUCAUUUUACAAGAGGUUGCAUUAUAUAUUUUUCUUGCUACCUAAUGUCUCGAUCAGUUCCGUGUUUGUGAAUGGCGUUACAAACCUGCUUUUUGGUUGUGUACACCUGGUAUGUUACAUACCUGUACAAUUCUAUUUGUUAUCACUACAUUGUAUAUUGAUGUACAAGGUUGAAUCUCAUAAUCCAUCAGCAUCGUCAAGAACAACUACAAAUAUAAAUAUAUGUGAGUAUUUGUCAACACAAGUUUUUUCACGAUCACUAAAUAUUUGAAUAAUAACCACAUGAUUUGUGUGAUAUUAUCACAUGAACGUUUCAGCAAUAAAAAGACAAUUUUGAUAAUAUUUGAUUGAAAUAAAGGUUAUAGACUUUUUACACCAGGUAAUAUUAAAGCAUCAUCAAGAUAUAGAAACAGAGACUGGAGUAAGAGAACUAUUUGACUAGCAGCAAUAACACAUCGACUUAUGUAAUUAUGAUUUGCCAUUACUGUACUUCCGAAUUUUGUGUUGCAUUGUAAAAACUAUUGUUUGGAUCAUUAAAGUUUAGAAAAUUUCUGUAUGCUUCACAGAUCUUUUUGAUCAUUAGUAUUAAGUGUCUUCAAAUGCUUUUAUUGUUUAGCGUGAAUUGUUACAAGGAAUAAAUAAAGCACAUAAGCAAUAACA